GUUUUCCUCCACCUCUUCCACUGCAGUGUACAGGUUCAGGGAGCCUUGAACUUCUGUCCCCGCGGCUGUCAGGCCAUCGUUGAUACAGGCACGUCUCUCAUCAUCGGCCCCAACCGUGACAUCCUCGCUCUACAACAGCUGAUAGGAGCUACCCCCACCUCCAUUGGAGAGUACCUGAUUGACUGCGCCCGAAUCUCCAGCCUGCCCCAGGUGACCAUCACGCUCAACGGGGUGGAAUACGUGCUCACUGCUGAGUCCUACGUCAAAAGGGAGUUGAUGGGUGAUCAUGAGAUCUGUUUCAGUGGGUUCCAGGGGGAGGAUCUGCACUCCUCAACGGAUCCUUUGUGGAUCCUAGGGGACGUGUUCCUCUCUGAUUACUAUAGUAUCUAUGACCGGGGACAGGACAGGGUGGGCUUCGCUAAGGCCAGACACACACGCUAUACAACGUUGGAUGCAGAGAUGGAUAGAUAGAUGGGAGGUGGGAAGGGUAAAUGGAGCGAUGGAAGUAGGGAGUCAUGGAUGGAUGGAUGAUAGAAGGAGGG